AUGUACACACAGACACAUGUACGUACAUACACACACACACACAUGUAUGUACACACAGACACAUGUACGUACACACACACACACACACACACACAGACACAUGUACAGAUACACACACAUGUACACACACACAACACACACACACACAGCCCUAUAAAAAGUUGCAGUACUUCGCUGUUCACUCACAGAGCCAGGUACUGCACGCUAGGGGGAGGCAGAGAGUACAGCACACACUCCUUCCUUUGCUUUCAAUGCGGUCAGCUAUUGAGCAGUCUGACGGCUCCCAGUGCCAGUGACAGAUCUGGCCCUGAGUUCCGAGUCUGCUCAGCAAGAUGGCCCUGGGGACACACUCGCCCCACCAUAAUUUCCACUCGCCAUUGGCAAGCAGGUGAGUGGAAAUUUCAAGGCCUGAUC